CGAUGGACCUUUCAAUAUUUCUCUGAAUUGAAGACUCAGAUGUCUUCUCUGUCGCAAUCGCCAACCCCGCCGGAGAUGGAUAUCCAACCGCCGGCAUUGGUUAACGAUGAUCCUUCCACCUCUUCCUCCGCUUUGUGGGAUUGGGGAGAUCUCCUUGACUUCGCCGCCGAUGAACGCCUUCUCGUCUCUUUAGAAUCCGAUCAAAUCUCUUUCCCUCCCGUUCCUUCUCCUCCUCUUCCGCCGCUGAUUCCGACGCAAACUCCGGCGGAAUCUGAAUUGUAUCCUUCUCCUGAAGAAUCGGGUUCUGGUUCGGAUCGGGUUAGGAAGCGAGACCCGAGAUUGAUUUGUUCCAAUUUCAUUGAAGGUAUGCUUCCGUGUUCGUGUCCUGAGCUUGAUCAGAAAUUGGAGGACGCUGAGCUGCCGAAGAAGAAACGGGUUCGCGGCGGGUCGGGGGUGGCUCGAUGUCAGAUUCCGGAUUGUGAAGCGGAUAUAAGCGAGCUCAAAGGGUACCAUAAGAGGCAUAGGGUUUGUCUCCGGUGUGCUAACGCCAGCUCCGUUGUCCUUGAUGGAGAGAAUAAGAGAUACUGUCAACAGUGUGGAAAGUUUCAUGUGCUCCCGGACUUUGAUGAGGGAAAACGCAGCUGUCGGAGAAAGCUAGAGCGUCACAACAACAGACGGAAAAGGAAACCUGUAGAUAAAGGAGGCGUUGCUUCAAAACAACAGCAAGUGCUAUCACAGAAUGAUAACAGCGUCAUUGAUGUUGAGGAUGGAAAAGAUAAUACAUGCUCUAGUGACCAGAGAGCAGAACAAGAGCCUUCACUGAUUUUUGAAGAUCGGCAUAUUCCCACUCAGGAUUCUGUACCUUUUACCCAAAGCAUCAACGCAGACAACUUUGUCUCUGUUACAGGUUCAGGUGAAGCUCAACCAGAUGAAGGAAUGAAUGACACAAAAUUUGAACGUUCACCUUCCAAUGGCGACAAUAAAAGUGCUUACUCAACUGUGUGCCCAACUGGUCGGAUCUCUUUCAAGCUCUACGAUUGGAAUCCAGCGGAGUUCCCACGGAGACUACGUCAUCAAAUAUUCCAAUGGUUGGCUAACAUGCCUGUUGAGCUGGAGGGCUAUAUCCGUCCAGGAUGUACAAUUUUGACAGUCUUUAUAGCAAUGCCAGAGAUUAUGUGGGCGAAGUUGUCUAAAGAUCCUGUGGCAUAUCUGGAUGAAUUUAUUCUUAAACCUGGAAAGAUGCUAUUUGGAAGAGGCUCGAUGACGGUCUAUUUGAACAACAUGAUUUUCCGUCUUAUUAAAGGUGGAACAACUUUAAAGAGAGUCGAUGUAAAAUUAGAGUCACCGAAACUUCAGUUUGUGUAUCCUACAUGUUUUGAAGCUGGAAAACCAAUUGAACUCGUUGUUUGUGGACAAAACCUUCUGCAACCCAAAUGCCGGUUUCUCGUGUCUUUUUCUGGGAAGUACUUACCACAUAACUAUUCUGUUGUACCUGCACCGGACCAGGAUGGGAAGCGUUCUUGUAAUAACAAGUUCUAUAAGAUCAAUGUUGUGAAUUCUGACCCAAAUCUCUUUGGCCCUGCCUUUGUCGAGGUUGAAAAUGAAUCUGGUCUAUCAAAUUUCAUACCUCUAAUAAUUGGAGAUGAAGCUAUAUGUUCAGAAAUGAAACUAAUAGAGCAGAAGUUCAAUGCUACACUCUUUCCAGAAGGACAAGGAGUUACCGCUUGCUCUUCUUUGACUUGCUGUUGCAGGGAUUUUGGGGAGAGACAGAGCACCUUUAGUGGCCUCUUGUUAGAUAUUGCAUGGUCAGUGAAGGUGCCCUCUGCAGAACGCUCUGAGCAACCUGUGAACCGAUGUCAGAUAAAAAGAUACAACAGAGUGUUGAAUUAUCUGAUACAGAAUAACUCAGCGUCAAUCUUAGGAAGCGUACUGCACAAUCUGGAAACUUUGGUGAAGAAAAUGGAGCCAGACAGUCUCAUUCACUGUACCUGUGACUGCGACGUGAGGCUUCUACAUGAAAAUAUGGAUUUGGCGAGUGACCUUCACAAAAGGCAUCAAAGCCAUAAAGAGUCAAAGGUGAAUCCAGGGAAUGUUCUUUCUUCUUCAGGUUGCUGUUGUGUGAGUAGUUUCCAGAAGGACAUACCAUCAAGAAUAUUAAACUUCAAUCAGGAUCCUGAAGCAGGAUUAGAUUGUAAAGAGAGAAUACAGGCGGACUGUUCACCAGAUAGUGGCGGAAAAGAGACUGAUCCUCUUUUAAACAAAGAGGUUGUCAUGAACGUAAAUGACAUAGGAGACUGGCCAAGGAAGAAGUCCUGUAUAACAACACACUCAGCUCUAACAUUCAGGUCCCGUCAAACCGUGUUCUUAAUCGCUACGUUUGCUGUCUGUUUUGCGGUCUGUGCGGUUCUCUACCAUCCAAACAAGGUCACACAGCUUGCAGUGGCAAUCCGAAUGAGAUUGGUACACAAAAUUUGAAUAAAAGUUCAAUAGCAGAGCUAGACUCUCAUUAACGUGUGUUCAUCAAAAAGCUUGAAGAGAGCUGUAUGAAAAGCUUGUCUCAGGUUUCAACAGAGCUCAGCUACAACAGCUUCUCAGAGAGAUUCCCUUCAGAAAGAGACAAGAUGGUUAAUGAUCAGAUUAGUUCUUGCUCUUUCUGUGUGUUCUUCUUCCCAAUUUCUUUAAUACUGGUGAUGCUGCAACUGUAAUAACAAGAAAUGGUCUGAUUAAUG